CCUUCUCUAAAUCAACAAGAACUGGUGGCAGGACCCACCCCUGUUUGACAUCACCGUGGAUACGCAAGUACCUCAAUUGUGUACCUAUACUGUCUUAACAUCGUCUAUCCACAUACACCAGGCUGUCUCAAGCCAUACGAUGAGAAAGCCAUGCGAUUGACCCCUGCCUCCCACAGCUCAUCCUCAUGCGGCUUCGACAGCUGCCGUUAAGGCAGCCCCAACAGCGGCUCGGACGACACUCCAGCUCUUCCUACCCUGUCCAGUCACCACGGCACAUGUCAACCCACCCCUCCCCUCCUCGGGUGCUAAGCUCAUUCUCGAACCCCUCGAGGUCAAGAUGUGUUAUUCAUCCACACGCGCGCCCCUACCAAUCUCAUGCGAAGCCCAUCCACGCCUCCAAGCUCAUCUUCGGUCAGCCUGUCCACGAGACACACCCGCACCUCCUGAAGGAAGGCGAAAUCACCCCGGGCAUUACGGCUCAGGAAUACCACGAACGCCGCGCAUCGCUCUGUCGCUCUUUACCCGCCAACUCCGCCGUUCUUCUCCCCUCCGCCACUGUCCUAUACCGGUCCGGCGCCGUCUUUUACCCUUUCCGCCAAGAGUCCAACUUCCUCUAUCUAACCGGCUUCUCUGAGCCAGACUCCCUUGCCGUGUUGAGAAGAACGGGUGACGGCUCUGACGAUUACGUAUUCCGGCUUUACUGUCGGCCGAAGAACCGGGAUGCCGAGCAGUGGAGCGGUCCCUGGAGCGGCCUCGACGCCGCGAGGGAUGUGUGGAACGCAGAUGAGGUAGGCGACAUAAGCCAGGUCGAGAGUUCGUUGGCCGAUAUACUGAGAGGGGUGACUACCAUCUUCACAGAUGCUGAGCUGGUUAAGGAUGGCAUUCCCACAAAGUUUGGAGGUCUCGUGCGUUCGGCGGCCCCGGGGGCGGCGACGGCGCCUCUAAAGCCUCGCGUUAACAGCCUCCGUGUCGUUAAAGGGCCAGCCGAGAUAGCAAACAUGCGCCGCGCGGGGCAGGCGUCAGGUCGGGCGCUGACUGAGGCUAUGCGCCGGCCGUGGAAGUAUGAAAAGGACAUUGCUACGUUCUUGGAAUACCAGUACCACCAGUCGGGCCUCGACGGGCAGGCAUACAUCCCCGUCGUGGCUGGAGGCAGCAGGGCACUGCUCAUCCAUUACGUGCAAAACAAUGGGGUAUUGGACGAUUCAGAACUCGUCGUCGUUGAUGCAGGGGGCGAGUACGGGACGUAUAUCACGGACAUAACACGGACAUGGCCGGUGUCGGGAAAGUUCACCGAGCCGCAGAAGGACCUCUACAACGCCGUCCUUCGCGCUCAGCGGUCGUCGAUCUCACUUUGCCGCGCCAGCGCCAGCGUCACGUUAGACAAGCUACACAGCAUCACGGAGACGGCCCUCCGCGACGCGCUGCGGCAGCUCGGCUUCGACGUAAGCGGCGACGCCCUAAGCAUCCUAUUCCCCCACCACGUUGGGCACUAUAUUGGGCUGGACGUACAUGACGUGCCCGGGUACCCGCGCAAUGUGACUCUGAAAGAGGGGCAUUGCGUCACUGUAGAACCCGGCAUCUACGUCCCAGACGACGACCGGUGGCCGGCGGCCUUCAGGGGGUUAGGUAUCCGGAUCGAGGACAGCGUAUGCGUAGGCGAGGAUAGUCCCCUAAUCCUAACCACAGAGGCAGCCAAAGAAGUCGAUGACAUCGAGGCGUUGAGAGAUUCAAUGCCUAACUAGGAUACCAGUCCUCCGGAAAUAACUUAAGGAAUCUCUCGGCCGGCGGCAAUACGCAUGUGUUCAUGUGACACGCCUAGCAAGGGGGCAGUAUUAGAAUACAAAUGUUAGAAAACACCUUGACACGCUAAUACUCACAUCAUCCUAUAGUAAUCUAGUUAAAAUUCUAUCGUGCCAUAUCUACUCAGCAACAGUAAAACCGAUGUUCAUACCUUCCACUCGCUCGCGUAAGCGACACGACCCACGAUUUGCCCCAUUUUACAACUAGCAAGGACCAAGGAUGACUAGGGAUUCAACAUUCGAAUAUGCCGUUUUAUGAAGUAGAGUCCCGGCCAAUGCAGAGGGAGCUUACUACGUAGUAUAUCCUCACCAAGAGAACAAUGUAUCAUUCAUCGCAAAGCUACUUGUAUAAGGCUGAGCGAUAUAGAACUCGCGGGUUUAGGAUCCGCUGUUAGUAAAAACCGCCUGCCACCACUACUACUCGUUUUGGGAGUUUGGAACAGAAGAGAAUAAGGCCUUUUCAUGGCGAGGGAGUAAUAAAUUGGUAUAUUGGAAAUCGGCCGCGCCCCUCCUUUUUU